UAGUGGGAGGGUUCCGUCCCGUCCUGCCGUGGUCCAUGUCUCUCUCUCUGUUUUCUUUUAUUUUUAAAUAAGAAUAAAAACCGUGAGAUUCUCCUUACAUUGAGCGAGUGUGAGAGGCCAGAUGCAAAGGACUCCUACUUCGUGACUUCGUUCGAUGCAAUAAAUACAAGGAAGAGAGUCGAAAGAUGAGACAGGGAGAGAGAAAGAGAGGAAAAGAUAGCACACAUCUCAAGCAGAGAACAAGAACAUACUGCUACUACUACUCAAGUAGUUGAAAAUAUUUAUUUAUUUAGUUUUCUGUCGAUCUAUUUCUGUGUAACGGCUACUUUUUAUGGUAGUUGUAAGUGAGAAAAGAGAAGAGAAGAGAAGGCGAUGGAUUACAACAAUGACAAUGGAAAUGGUGAACAUUGGGGUUGGCAAGGUGAGGAUUACUGUUUCCAAAAAGAUGCUGGUGUUGACGUGUCUCAACGUUUAUGGAAUGAAGUGACUCUGAAUGGCGAGGAUCUUUCCUACAUGCUUGAUGAAACAACUCCGGUUAAGGCUUGUGGGGGUUUGGCUUACCAUGUUAAUCACGAUGAUAAGAUGAACAAGGAACCAGAAGAACGGAGGGAGACUUGUUUCCAAUUUAAAAGACGUCGGCUACAGUUUGACACUCAUUUAGCAGAUUCCCCCUUUUGUGAUGAAGAUUUAACUUCUGUAUUUUUAAAAUCAAAUGAGACAGAAGAGUCACUUGAAGAAGUUUUCCCUCAAGCAUCACAGUGGGAUUCUGCAUAUCAAGAUAUGUCUGCCUCCUGUUACAAUGGUCUGGAUCAAUCAUCUGAGCAUUGGAUUUCAGACUGUAUUAAUGACUCGGGGAUGCAUUUCAGUCCCAAUGAUAUGAAUUUCCCAGGAGCAUCCGAUAUUCAAAUUGAUAUUUCAGAUUUCUGCAAUGACCCGCCUGAGUUUGAAGCUAGUACGGUUCAAAAAUGUGUUACUCGAACACCUCGAAAUGUUGUUUUUAAAGGUACAAAGUCCUUCAUCCAGACACCCACUAAGUUAGCUACUUCUGUUGCCUAUCCAUUUGCUUUCAUCAAACCCUGCGGGGUGCAUGGAGAUGUUACUCUGAAUGAAAUAAACCAGCGGAUCCGUACUCCACCACCAUCAAAAUCAAAGCAAAAGGAUGAAGAUCCUGUUGUUUACCCCAUGUCCGCUUUCUCUGGGAAGCCUGUUGUUGGCAAAACUAAAAUUCGCACAGAGGGAGGGAAAGGAAGUAUUACAAUAAUGAGAACCAAGGGCUGAUUAGACAAGUGUAUUUCCAAACUUUUCAUGUUGCAGCAGCCUGAGUCCCCUGAUGUGUUAAAAGGUUGAAUUUUUUGCUAUAUUAUUCUCGACCUUUCGAGUACAGAAGUUCAUAGUGUUUUCUUUUCUUUCGUUCAAGCUGUUCUUCGAAUUCAUAAAUCACCUCAAAGUGUUUGUGUUUCCGGAUAGCAUUUUAGGUGUCCAUGGCUGCUGUUCUAUACAUAGUUGCUUGGUGUUAAGAUGACUGAAAAACUUUUGGCUUAUUUCUGAAUGUUCUCUCGGCUUCAGAACUGCCCUGUAAGUGCUUUCACCGAAUUUCUUUUGUUGUGCAAAGCUUUGGUUCUGGAUUUAUGUAUCAGAGAUGGAAGUUGUAUUAAAUAUGGAGUGAAAGCACCUCCAUUUGUCUUA